AUGUUUUCGACACAAAGGUGGCCAGAGCAGGGUUGUGCACUUUUACAGCUGUUGUUACUGGCAUCUUUCUCUCAGUCUGAGGAGUCGAUGUGCAGUCGGAGAGGAGAUCCUGUAAUCCCUCAGCUGUCUAAGGAUGGGGAUAUUAUGUUGGGGGGCAUUUUCUCUUUCCACAGCAGCUGGAAAAACCACGAGAACACUUACUCAGAAAAGCCUCCUCCACUGGAAUGCAUCAGUUUGAAUUUCAGAGAGUUCCAGUUUGCUCAGGCCAUGCUUUUUGCCAUUGAGGAAAUCAAUAACAGUACAGACCUACUUCCAGGCAUUUCUCUGGGAUAUAGCAUUCAUGAUGCUUGUGGUUCUAUUGCCAGAAGUGUAAAAGCUGCGCUAGCUUUGAACAAUGGUAAUGACAAUACAUCUUCAACCUUCGAGGAGCCAUGUACCAGCCAUGCACAAGUACUGGCUGUAUUGGGAGAAACCUCCUCGUCUCCCAGCACAGCAAUAGCUACUGUUUUAGGACCAUUUCAUAUCCCAUUGAUCAGCCACUUUGCUACAUGUGCUUGUCUCAGUGACAAAACCAAGUACCCAUCCUUUCUUAGAACAGUGCCCAGUGACUACUAUCAGAGCAGAGCUCUAGCUCAGUUGGUUAAACACUUUGGAUGGACUUGGGUUGGCACUAUCAGAACCAAUGAUGAUUAUGGCAACAAUGGCAUGGCAACAUUCACAGAAACUGCAGAGCAGCUGGGCAUCUGUCUGGAAUAUUCUAUUUCUUUCUUUAGAACAGAUUCAUCUGAAAAAAUACAAAAGAUAAUUGACAUUAUCAAGGCUUCUACUUCAAAGGUUAUUGUUGCUUUUCUUUCCCACAUGGAUAUGGAUGUGCUCAUACAUGAGUUGUCCAAUCACAACUUGACAGGAUAUCAGUGGGUUGGCAGUGAGUCGUGGAUUUUUGAUUCUCAAAUUGCAGCAAUGGAUAAGAAUCACAUCCUGGAUGGAGCUAUAGGACUUUCUAUCCCUAAAGCACAUGUCAGUGGUCUGAAAGAGUUCAUGCUGGAUGUGAAGCCACUGAUUUCAUCCAAUAAUGAGUUGUUUGCAGAGUUCUGGGAGGCAUUGUUCAGCUGUAAGUUUAAGCAGGUACAAUCAAAGGAGAGUCAGACAGAAUGUACAGGACAUGAGGAUCUGACUGGAGUGGAAAACAGCUUCACUGACAUGUCCCUCAUGCCCAUUUUUAAUAAUGUCUAUAAAGGGGUGUAUGCAGUGGCCCAUGCUCUGCAUGAUAUUUUCAUCUGUAAUGAAAAAUGCAACAACAGUGUGCAGUUUGAUCCAUUGAAGAUUUUACAGCAAAUACGUAAGAUUCGUUUUCAAACAAAAGAGGGCCAUGAGGUUUACUUUAAUGAAAAUGGUGAUCCAGCAGCAAAGUAUGACAUUAUAAAUUGGCAGCCAAGAGACAACGACAUCAUUGAUUUUGUCUCUGUUGGUCUUUAUGAUGCAUCGUUAACUGCAGACAAACAGUUAAACCUGCUAAAUCGAUCUUUGGUUUGGGCACAGAGGUCAUUGCAGGUUCCUGUGUCGGUUUGUAGUGAAAAGUGUCCCCCAGGAACACGCAAGGUUCUACAGAAAGGAAAACCUGUUUGUUGUCAUGACUGUGUUCCAUGUGCAGAAGGAGAAAUGGCAAAUGAUAUAGAUUCUAUCACCUGUAAGAAAUGUCCUCAUGAAUUUUGGUCAAAUGAAAAAAGAGAUGCCUGUAUAAGGAAAGAGGCAGAGUUUUUAUCCUAUGAAGAGAUAAUGGGAGCACUUUUAACUACAGUUUCUUUAUUUGGAACAUGUAUGACGGCUGCUGUAGCUGUGAUUUUCUUCAGACACAAGAAAACUCCUCUUGUCAGAGCAAACAACUCUGAGCUGAGCUUCCUGCUGCUUUUCUCCUUGACUCUGUGUUUUCUCUGCUCUCUGACCUUCAUUGGACGUCCCUCUGAGUGGUCCUGUAUGCUCCGUCACACAGCUUUUGGCAUCACCUUCGUCCUUUGCCUCUCCUGUGUUCUGGGGAAAACAAUGGUGGUUUUAAUGGCGUUUAAAUCCACACUUCCAGGCAGUAAUGUGAUGAAACUGUUUGGGCCUACACAGCAGAGACUCAGUGUUCUUUGUUUAACUUUUAUACAAGUCAUCAUAUGUAUUCUCUGGUUAACCACUUCUCCUCCUUUUCCAUUUAAGAAUUUUGAACAAUAUAAAGACAAAAUCAUUUUGGAGUGUGCUCUGGGCUCAGCAGUAGGCUUCUGGGCUGUACUUGGGUACAUUGGACUUCUUGCUAUAUUAUGUUUCAUUUUUGCUUUUCUGGCUCGAAAACUACCUGAUAAUUUUAAUGAAGCAAAAUUUAUCACCUUCAGCAUGUUGAUAUUCUGUGCAGUAUGGAUCACUUUUAUCCCAGCGUAUGUCAGCUCUCCUGGAAAAUUUAGUGUUGCUGUAGAAAUCUUUGCCAUUCUUGCUUCUAGCUUUGGACUGCUGGUUUGUAUCUUCAUCCCAAAGUGUUACAUCAUGUUACUGAAACCAGAGAAAAAUACAAAAAAGCAUUUGAUGGGGAAGGGUGUAUUUAAAUGA